AUGGACUAUUACGAUAACUCUCACGACUCUUACGACUACUACGACGCAUAUGAGAGUCAGGCUUGGGAUAGUGAACAAUACGACGAAAGUGGAUACGGGUAUAAUGGCUAUGACAACUAUAACGAGUACGAACAGGAAGAGGAGUAUUGGUAUGAUGCAGAGGACGGCGGUUACGGUGAAUAUAACGGAGAGGAUGAAUAUGGCGCUCAGGAGCCGUACAAUAACUACGAGGAACAUGAACACUAUCAACAUGAACACAGCCAAGAGUAUAACCAACAGGACGACCAAGAAUAUAGUCAAGCAUACGGUCAAAGCUAUGAGAAUGCGGGUGAAGAAUAUGUAGGAAGUGCACAGGAGCAUUCUAACAUGGAAGAAGACCACGGAUACAGGGAAACUGGCUCUCAGCAACAAUUAGGAGGCUACCCGAAUGACCAUGAAGGCCAGUAUUGGUUCUUCAACGAAUACGAAACAUCCUCACGGUUUCACCACUCCGAUGGAAAUCAUAUAACAGGAGCUCAUAGAUCUGCCAUCCCAGAUAUUCAUGAGUCCACUGGGACUAGCGAGUAUGAGACAACGCAGCACGCAGCGGUGGAUCAACAUUUAUCGCCCGCGAGGGGGGGGCACAGUGUCCAUUCCGAAUCAUAUCAGUCUUUCUUGCCCAGUGCCAUGUUUGAGCAUGGUCAGCACCAAAAUCAUCCGCCAUCUCGCGCUGUAAGCCUCAAUCGCAGUCAACGCCUGACCCUCCAGCCAGCAUACCCUAUGGAAGAGCAUGCAGCAUCUCCUACGGGAAUAUUCCGCGAUCUCUUCUGGAAGAGUCAACGCAAUGGUGGUUCGAUCAAGUCGGCUGGCGAACUCGAUCACCGUCAUAAUAACCAUCGUAACAGCUCACCACUAUCGACACCCCGGAGUCCACGGACGCCCUUGAGAACUGGCUUACUCACACCACGCUCUGCAGAUGGGGGGUUUCAGCGUCCAAACACUGAUUUUCGAAGACCAGAUACAUCUAUCGGGUUUCUAGCGCCCUUGACACCGUCAUGA